AUGGCUUCUGGUACCUGGUGGCAGCUUCUUUUGCUUGUCUCCAUAAUGGGAGUAUCUGCAUUUGUGGGAGGUUUUGUUCCCUUGAGACUUCAGCUUUCUCCGUCUCAUUUGAAUGCUAUCUCCAUCUUCAGCGUUGGAAUCUUGAUAGGAACUUCUUUGGUUCUAGUGAUCCCUGAAGGUGUAGCGACUCUAUAUGGUGCCGUUCUGGAUGGCACUUCUCAAUACUUGUCUCAGAUCAUGGGCCUUUCCCUAUUGGCUGGAUUUGCCAUGAUGUAUAUUCUUGACAAUCUCCUGGCUAUCUUAGCAUUCUGUAGCAUCCAAAUGGAUACUGCAGCUAUUGUUGAUCCAUCUCAGCCGAUCACAAUAUCUGUGUUGAUGAGAUCCGUGGUGCGAUCUUCGUUGACUUCUGGUCUCAUUUUGCAUGCUUUGACUGAUGGAGUUUCACUUGGCUCUUCAUUUGUCAAAGGAGACUUGACAUUUGAAAUCGUAUUCUUCGUAGCCAUAAUCAUCCACAAACUACCUACAGCUUUCAGUUUGUCAACUAUACUCUUGAGAGAAGGUCAGAUGCCAAAAGUCAUUCUCAUCCAUUUGGCUCUUUUCUCUAUCCUGACCCCAUUGAGUGCUAUUAUUACGUUUGUGAUCAUUAAGCUGACAUCUCUGGAUAACGAGUUGGUGGUAGGAAUCAUGUUCUUAUUCUCAGCUGGCACUUUUCUUUACGUUGUAAGCCAUGUCAUGACUGAAAUCUAUAGUGUUGAAGACGAGAAGUCAGAAUUUACGUCAGUUCCAGCAACAUCGGAUAGCGAAGCUACAGUGGUCCACCAUCUGGCCAAUUCUCUGAAUGGAACAGAAGUAGCUUUGACUUUGGCUGGUAUGGCCAUUACAACACUUCUCAGUUUCAUCGAUCAUGAAUAG